AUGGUAGCAUUGCGAUCUCCCAGCCAUCGCCUGUUGCUCAGUGCUCAGUGCUCAGUGCUCAGUGCUCAGUGCUCAGUGCUCAGUGCUCAAUCCUCAGUGCUCAGUGCUCAAUGCUCAAUGCUCACCGCCAACUCCCUCCCUCCCAGCCCGGCAGCGGCCAGCCCCAGCCCUCAUCAGCACCAGCACCAGUACGGUUACAAUACCACCAGCAUUGCUGAUCCCCGCUGUGCACACAUACACUACGGCUAA